AAUGACAAUGACGAUGACAACGAGAGGAAUUUUACUUUCCAAAGAUUUAAAACUUUUACUAAACAAUCCAACAUAUAGUGAUUUAAAAAUAUUGUGUGAAGAUGAGGUGAUAGUAUAUGGAAAUAAAGCGAUAUUGGCAGCAAGGUGUGAAGUAUUAGAUAAAUUAUUAUUCAACGGUAUGAAAGAAACCAAUCAAAGCCAAAUUAAAUUCCCUGUAAUCAAAUCCACCCCAAUGUUGAUUGUAAUGGAGUAUUUGUAUACUGGGGUGUUGAAUAAUAACGAAAUGGAAAUUAAAUUGGCAAAAGAUAAUGUCGUCGAAGCCAGCAGCAAUAGUGGUGAAAAUAUUGCACCAGAGUUAUUAACAAAUGCGGUUAGAAAAAUGACAUCUAAAGCAGAUAAUGAAUUGAUUAGAUUAUUGACAAGCUGUGUAGCAAAGGUUCCGUUAGAUACAUUGGGUCAUGACAAACUUAGUGUUGAAGCAUUGAAAUUUAUUGAUGGUAAUAAAGUCAUACAAGAUUCUGAAGAAGAAGAUAAUGAUGUUGAAAAAAAAUGCAAUAGCGAUAAUGGAGAAGGUGAGGAUGAGGAUGAAGAAGAUAGAAAGAAAUACGAAGAGGCUAGACCUUUGAUAAUUGAAAAUUUAUUACCAUUAUUGAAAUUUAUUGAUCUAAGAAGAAUAGAUGUAAAUUUAUUGAUCGAUGUCAUUGAACCAUUAAAUCUGAUACCAGUAUCAACUUUACUAGAUGUUUACAGGUUUCAAGCCAGGGAAAAACGAUCGUUAUCACCGACUAGACGAGCACCGUUGACCAAAUGGAACAUCAAUUGGGAUAAACAAUGUAUAGGAAGCAAUCUGGUGAUUAUUAAAGGCAACAAUAAUUGCGUUGUGGAAAGUUCCAAAACCGGUAUAAAUGUACACAAUAAUGUUAGAGCCAAUUUUUUGAUAUGCGAUGAAGGAAUAUUUGAAUGGGAUGUGGUGGUUGAGGAAAUAUGCAUUUACGCAUGGGUAGGAAUUGCCACAGAGAAAGGUUUGGACUAUUCGAUAUUUGCUGGUCAACAAACAUGUGCAUGGGUGCUUGGAUCAAGUGGUAAAUGUUAUCAUAAUAACACUAGAACCAAUUAUGCAUCAGAAUUUAGUAGUGGAACGAGAAUCACUGUUCAUCUAGAUAUGACAAAUAAAACUUGUGCAUUCUCUAUUAACGGCGUGAAAUAUCCAAAUGUUGCAAAUUGGACAAAUCUUCCUUCAAGGGUCUAUCCAAUUGCUUCGAUAAAUCAACCAGGUAGAAUACGUAUAGGGCCUUAUUUAACACACCGAACAAUUUAA